AUGGGUGAUCUGGACGUGAAAGUGGAGUUGUGGAGAAUGGACGACUUUUGUAGGGACAGGCGAAUUGUGGCGGUACCCACUAGAGCUGGAAAGAAACCUUCGGAUCGUAUGGGUUCUAGAUCUUCAGCUCAAAAUCACAUUCGUGAGAUUCACGAUUUUUCAGAUAUGACUGAAUUAGACGAAAUUUCAUCACAAAUUGUGUCAGAUGUAUCCGGAAACUGUCCAGAAGACAAAGAUUCAGAAGAGAGUGAAACUUCUCCAGAUUCCACUCCGAUCGAAACAACUUUUUUUUCAUCGGACGUUGGCGAUAUAUUCAACUCUGUGUCAACAGAAUAUACGUUUUCACCGAAACUCAUGUCUACGAGAAUCGAUGACACUUCCUCUUCAUUUUCUACUCGCAGGAUGAGAGGUCAAACGCUUUGUGGCACCCCUGGCUACAUGGCUCCGGAGAUGAUCACCUAUGCGACACACUCGUUUCAUGUCGACUGUUGGGUACUCGGUGCUACACGAAAUGCUGACAACUACCAUGCCAUUCAAAACGUUUGGUGUUGA